CAAACUGCACAACAGCUAAAAGAAGACGAAGUGAGCGAAACUCAAACAAAGCUGCUGGCGUUUACUGUGCAGAGUUUCAUUUAACCGCGUGUUUAUCGGUUUUUCUUGCUUAAAUAGUGAACAAAAUAUAUUCAACGUAACUGCUGCGUUAGUGUGUAGUUAACUGCAGCAGCUACAUAACGCGAAUUUAGCAUUAGCUGUAGUUAAGCAGCACUUUACGACAGCGAGGCUAGCAAUGAGUGCUAGCCAGGUUAUAGCUUCAAAAACCGGCAGGACGAAAGCUUUGGUCGGCCGGAGACAGGAGCACCGAGCCUUCAGAGCCUCCAACAAGGUGCUGGCCGAGAGGAAUCCGGCGGUGGUGGCGGUGGGAGCCUGGGUGGAAGGAGGACAACACUUCCUGGAGCACCCGACUGCUCUUGCUUUGCUAACGGAGGAGCUCCAGGCAGAGAAGAGGAGGGAGAAUGAAGAAAGCCUCAGACGAUUUCAGGAUGAAGUCCGCCACCGUGUGGCACAGCGAGCUCGAGUCGUCAAGAAAAGACAGCAGCCUCUCACAGAUCCAGUGGUGACACCUGACAGCAGCUCCCCACAACAACAUUAUCAGGCGUGGACUCACCGAGUGUCUGCUGGUGAGACGCUGAAGUCUGCCAGAGCUGCUGCACAGAACAGAGUGAGGGAGAGGAGCUCUCAGGAGCCGAGCGGAGGCAUGAGGCAGGUCAGACUCAGACUGGCCGCCUGUCGGAUGAUCCCACGCGAGGAAACGACUUCAGAGCUUCCUGGAGGCAGAUGGAACGUCUCUCCUGCCAGACAUAAAGCUGAAUCUCAUGAGGAAGGUCUGGAAGAGGAAGAGGAGGAGGAGGAGGAGGGAGACGAUCCUCUGUUCUCCAGUCAGCAUGAAUGUCCUCUUGUUCAGCAGAAGAUAAUUGGACACGCUUCAUGGAGUCCUGACAGAUUACAUCCUGAUCCAGUUGUUAAAUCCAAUCUCUGCGGCGUCCCUCGUGUUCUGUGGCCUCUGAACGAGCAAGAAGAAGUGAAAAGACAGCGUCAGUCUCAGUUCCUGAAGCACCGCCGCCUCGCCAUGAGCAACGAGAGAGAGCGAGUGAAGGAGAACAAGCAGCACAGGAAGCACCUGAAGAGGACGGCGAGGCUCAAAGCUGAGAAAGAACAGAUCCGUCUGGAGGAGGAGAGGAGGCUGGAGAGAGAUCGGCAGCUUGCAGAGGCCAGACAGAAGCUGGAGGAGAGAGAGCUGCUGAUCCUGGAGAGACUGAAGCUGGAGGAGGAGGAGAGAGCUGUGGAGCUGCAGAGGAGAAGAAAACAGGAGAAAGGCAAAGUAGCUGCAAGGUUCAUCGAGGCUCUGAGGGCUCGGAUGAAGGAGCGACUCUCUCAGGCGAAGCUGGACCUUCCUCCUCUCUGCUGCUGCGCUUCUUCUUUCUGGGAUUCCCACCCUGACACCUGCGCCAACAACUGUGUCUUCCACAACAACCCCAAAGCUUAUGCCCAGGCGCUGCAUUCAGCGAUGGGGAGUUUGGACCGACAGUGAAGGAAGCAGGUGAGCUGCAGAGGAAGCUACCUGAUAGAACGGACAUGCUGGGAAACAGUGUAAGGUAUUAAACCGAGAAUCAGACGAGAAGAUCCGUUUGUGUCUGUCCUGGAGAUGUUUAGCUUCCAGACUGAAAUGUUUUAGCGCACACUCAAUGGGAUGGGAAUAUUUUAAGAAACCUGACGUUAAAUCCCCAUUAUGUAUACGUGCUACCAGGAGAACCAAAUGUAGCUUCUCUUGUGAAAUACCUCGGCUGCACAGUUUAGUACAGAUGUUGAUGAUGUGUCCUCAUGAUGCUGGUGUUUUGGCCUCUUAUUCCAUCAAUUUCACUUUAGAUCUGUGAUUAAAUGUGUGACAUUCCCUUCAGUCCUAGCUGAUCUUUGUGUAUAGUAUUGAUUAACCUUCUACUUUAUACCUGCUAAACAUCAGCUGUGCCUUCACUACAGCCUCACAGAGCCUCCAGCAUGCCUCUACAUGCUCGGUCUUGUUCUACUUUGUGUAAAGAACGACCCCUACAGCACUGUUUGGCCUUUUUUUAUUCUCUAUAUUUACUGUUUUAUACAACCUCACAUGAACUGCUGUGUUUAUUUAUUGAUAAUUAAGGACUUUGUGUGUUAGUUUCCUCUGUACAUGUAACUAGGAGAAUGAAUUUUAAGCCAUCAGGUGUAAAUAUAAAUGUGCCUUACUGCUGUCGGUCAUGGUGAUCUGUUUCAGGACUGUUUGACAAAAAUAAUAAAUUAAGAGACAAAGA